UAUUCGGUAUAGCCGCCAAUAUCGAACUCAGUGAUGGCUAUUAAAUUUUAUAAAUUGUGACUACAAGAUUUGAGAUUAUAUCUCUGUAAAUAAAAUUCAUGAACUUCACACAUUCAAUAAUUUCCUGAUAAAUUUUUAAAAAACAUUGUUUUUUUUUUGACAUUUUAUACGUAAAUUUAAAUGAUAUUUUCGUGACUCAAAAAUUAAAACAAAUUGGCAUUAUAAUUAUUAUAUCUAUACAACUAUAAAAAGGUUAGUGAUAUAAUCUUUGAAUUUUUUUGUUGUAUAAUAUGGUAAAAUGUAUCAUGAAAAAAAAAGUUUGUCAAAUUUACUUAUUGGAAUAAAAAACUAUAAUACGAUUACAGAUAAUAAAUAAAAUCACAAUUUUGAUUUCGAUAUCAAACAUAGAUAAAAAUAAAUAAAAAUGGAUAAAUACAGAACAAUAUAGAUUUUGUAUGAUUUUAUAUUACAAUAAUUUCAAUAGUAUAUUGUACAGCGCCGAAUAGAAAAAUAUCAACCUACCAAGUUUACGAUGUCUACAUUUGAUUACAACUACAGAUACUGCUGUACGACUUAAUUAUUAAAUUAUAUUAAUGUUUGUAUUAAUUUAUCAUUAUCAUAAUGUAUGAUAUAAUCAUAUUAUAUUUUAGCCAAAUUGUAUGAUUCAUACAACAACUUUAACCGGCUCUUAUUUUGAACGGCCCACCGAGUUUUUCUCGGUAAAUCGUUGACCCAAUUCGGGCCUGUCGAUACAUCAUAUACAUAAUUAAUAAUUAUAGAUUAUAAAAUACUUCAGUAGUGCCACUGAUAUACACUAGAAACUAUAGAUAGGUAGCUAGGUACUACAAUUUUAGUUUUUUUCGGUAUAACAAUCACUUGGAAACUGCCACCUGCAAGCUUUAGUAUAUCUACGUAUUUUUGAAAUACGUGGGUAUAAAUCCAUUUUUAUUCAACAGUCAACAGUACACGCAACAGCGGUAUUGUGCUUUUUGGUACCAUAUUGGCCAUAUUGCGUUUUGUAAAAAUAUAUCUUAUUAUAUUAAAGAAAAUAUAUAUAUAUUAAUCAUUUCUAAUAAUAUCUGUAACGAAUAUUGAAACAAAACGCAGGAAAUUAUUUGAUCGGAAUUGAGAACAAAAAUGUAAAAAUGUGUGACCUAAUGAGAUGAAAUAUUUUAAACGGCAUUGAUCGAUUAUUUUAACACCGUGACAAGCCGCAAUAGACACGUGUUGCUUAAUAUGUUAUCACUUUAUCAGUUAAUCACAAUAGGUCUACCUACCCAGAUACAUAUUAUAUACACAGUCAUAUAGUUAUCCUGCAGAGUUAGAUGUACCCAUAAUCGGUAUAAUAAUGUUAUUAUGUGGUCUAUUGAACGCUACAGUAUAUAAUAAUUGUGUAUAACCUGUAGCCGGGUAUCUGCGGGAAUCAUUGUCAUGUCUGAUUUAAAUUCUCAGUGUAUAAUGAUAUAUUUAACGGUAUGAUGGUACUCGUGUAGAUUGUAGAAAGUUUAAAUAAACAUAAAUUCAGUUUAAUCGUCAUACAUAUAGAUAUUAUCGCUGAACUAAUUAUUUAUAGUAUUUAGUUCAGUGGAUAUUUAUAUCUUUUGUAUAUUUAUAUAAUUAUGUAUUCGUUUCUAUAUUAACUAGAGUGUUUGUAAAUUCAUUUUUUUUUUUUUUUUAAUACAUAUUAUUUUUAAUUGUCGAUUUCUCACGAAGAUAUCUGAUAGACAUAUUAUUUUGAUAUUUAAAUUGUAGGUAUAUCAAUAGAUACAUCGAGCAAAUAGUUUUAACUUUUAUAAUUUUAACCUUAAUAUCAUCAUGGACAGUAAGUUAAGACGUGCAAUAUAUAAAAAUUGUACGCUGUUUUAACAAAAACAAAAUUAUGCACACGGUAGAACUUAUCAAGAAAAGCGACGGAGAAGAUUCGUAUAGACGGCGACUGACCCGACAAGUUUCUAUGCACACUCUAAAUGGCUUCAACGAACUCCGUCUGAACGUCAAACUCUGCGACGCGUCAUUGAUACUCGAUAACGGUGACACGUUUCCGAUACAUCGAUCAGUGUUGAGUGGUUCGAGCGAUUACUUUAGAAUACUCUUCACCACUACGUUGCACGAAGGAGAUUAUACGAAAAUAAACCUAAAAUCGAUAGAGAGUACUACGAUGGAAUUUAUUUUACAGUACAUUUACAUGAGACAAAUUGAUAUUAACUACGAUAACGUAAUGGAUAUUAUGCGGACAGCUGAUUAUUUAUGCAUAGACGGUUUGGUGCAACUCUGUCACGAAUUUGUCGUCGAAUGCCUGGCACCUGACAAUUGUGUUACUAUGUUGCAAUUCGCCGACUAUUAUUACUUUGGAGCGUUGACAAAUGCGGCGUACAAAUACAUCAUCAAAGAAUUUAUGACAAUUGCUGAAGAAGGCGACGAGUUGAUGAAACUCCGGCAGGAAGAAUUCAAACUAAUAAUCGAAGAUAAUCAACUGAAUGUGAAACGGGAAGAGUUUGUUUGGGACGUGGUAUUGAAAUGGGUGGACAGGGACCCCGAAAAUCGGAAAAAUGAUUUGUUGUUUCUGCUACCAAAAAUUCGUUUUGGUCUCAUGGACUCCAAAUAUUUCAUUGAGAAUGUCAAGGACCACCGUUACAUACAAAACAGAGACGAUUGCAGGCCUUACAUAAUCGAGACAUUGAAGUUCAUGUAUGACCUACAGCUGACGUCGAACAUGACCGAUUCCAUAGCACCAACGCUCGCGCGUCCCAGAUACCCGUUCGAAGUACUGUUCGCCAUUGGCGGCUGGAGCGGUGGCAGCCCGACCGCGAUUAUUGAAACAUACGACACAAAAUCUGACCGGUGGACGAGGAUAUUCGAAGAGGACACGCACGGGCCGAGAGCGUACCAUGGUACGAUCGUCAUGGGAUAUUACAUCUACAUAAUCGGAGGGUUCGACGGGCUGGAGUAUUUCAACUCCUGUAGAAAGUUCAACACGGUCACGAAAAUUUGGGAAGAAGUAGCGCCGAUGAACUGUAAGAGAUGUUAUGUCAGCGUUGUGUUGUUAAACGGCAUUAUUUACGCAAUGGGUGGAUUCGACGGUCACCAUCGGCUUGGCUCUGCGGAAAAAUAUAAUUUCGAACGAAACCAGUGGACAAUGAUAGCACCGAUGACUUCUCAGAGGAGUGACGCCUGUGCAGCCGUGAUGAAUGGCAAAAUAUACAUUACCGGCGGGUUCAACGGACAAGAGUGUAUGAACACGGCCGAGACUUACAACGCGGACACCAACGAGUGGACGCUGAUACCGCCCAUGCAGACCAGACGCAGCGGCGUGUCGUGCAUAACGUAUCACAACUGUCUGUACGUGAUCGGCGGCUUCAACGGGCUGGUGCGGAUGAACAGCAGCGAGAAGUUCGACCCGACCACGAACCACUGGUCGCCGGUGGUGGACAUGUGCAAUCCGCGGAGCAAUUUCGCCGUCGAGGUGCUGGACGACAUGAUAUUCGUGGCCGGUGGUUUCAACGGGGUGACCACCAUAGCUCAGGUGGAGUGUUACAACGACCGCACGGACGAAUGGUUCGAGGCGAAAAGUAUGCAAGUGUAUAGGUCGGCACUGUCAGCGUGCGUCAUGAAAAAUUUACCAAACGUCGAAUAUUACAUGCCUCUGGACCGAGAUAGACUGGAAGAAGGCCGAAAAAACAUUGUGAGGAACAACAGACCAAACAAUAACAAUGACACAGAUCGCGUCGACAACGAAUCCGUCAAUACGGUUGCCACUCAAGUAGACAAUAACCAAGUCGACGAUGACGACAACGUGAUAAUAAUCGACUAAUAGAUAACUGGCAACAAGCAUAACUGCCCGUUGAUAAAAAAUUUUUAUGUUAUCAUGCAAGUUAGCGAGGUAUUAAAUAUAUUUUAAAACAAUUAUUUAGUUUGUUUAAAGAUUAACUAAAUAAUGAAAACGUGAACUGUUCUUAUGGCAAAUAUUCAAUAUAUUUUAUUUAUAGGUAGGUCAAUUAAUGUUUUUCACUGAACAAUGAUCAUUAUAUAUUUAUAUUCUUAUUGUAUAACCCUAUGCAGUUACCUGCUUUAUAUUAUUAUGAAAGUUAACGUAUUUUGUUUUAUAAUAGUCAACCACAUUUUAAAUUUAAAAAAAUGCAUAAGAAAUAUUAUUGAGAUGGUUUUGAUAAUGGCAAGUGACAACUACACAGGGCAAGAUUAACCCUAAAACCUACCCAAACAAAACUGAAAAAACUAAAAUGAAAGGAAGUCUACUAUAAUAAUUAAUGUUAAUGUUAAAAUUAUUAUUCAAAGAUAACCAAUCAUGGAUCUUUGUUUUACUAAAUAAAAAUCAAUAUUAAGUAAUUAAAAGCCAUCAAUAAGACGAUAUGUAUUAUGUAUAGGAACUUAAUAAUAUUAUAAAUAAUAGAUGUCUGUAACUCAUUCCAACCUAUUUUUAUAAUUAUAUCAUAAAGAUAAUUGAUCUAGCAAUGUAUAGGUUUUGGAACUUAUUGUAUUCAAGUGUUUUUAUUUUUGUUAAACAAAUAGCCACCCAGGUUAAAAUAAAAAUUUAAUUUUAAAUAUAAGGAAUCUAAAUCAAACAAUGUUUAUACAUAUUUUUGCAUAUUUCAAGAAUUUUGUUUAUUAAGGCAUAAUAUUUAUGCAUUAAAAUCUAGUGCUUUGUGGUGCUUUAUCAAAAUAAUAAUAAAAUUGUGCCUAAAAAAUUAAAAUUACACAAAAUUUACAACUUAAAAUUUCGUUAUUUUAUUAUUACACCUACUAUUACUCUAUUAGUUGCUAUUUGCAAUAUUAUGUGGUGUGCGCUUCUUGCCACUGAUAACGAUCUUUAUAUAAUUUAUUGACUAACUAUUUUUUUUUUAAGUACCGGAUGUCGUUAAUAUUGUACAAAAAUAAAGCAAUUCGUAUUACAAAUAAAUAUAAAGCAAAGUUUUUAUUACUUCUGACAAAUAAUUUUUUUUUAUGUAUGCUCAUUGCUCAUUUUAGAUUUUAUUUUGUUAUUAUUUAUGGUGCAUAUCUUAUAUUAUUAUCUGCUUGUCUAUUUGUGUUUGUAUUUUGAUUAUUAAAUAUCUUUAACCCUAGUAAUAAGCUUAUUGCAGUAAAUAAUAAUAUGUAAACAUAUAGAAUAAUCUCGGUAGGUAAUAGAAAGAAAUCAUUUUUAAAUCGUCAAUUUUUCUAAAUAGUUUAUGACACAUAGUGUAUAUAUAACGAGUAACGAUUAGUUUUAUAGUUAUACCCAUAACUAUUAUAAUAUAUGCUAACAGAAAGAUAUGUUACUUCUAUAUAGGUACUUCAUUAUACCAUAUUUAUUUUUAGAGUGAAAUUUUCAUUUUCUAGGAUUUUUAUUACCAACAUAUUAAUAUUGUCGCUAGUAUACACAUUCUUGAAUUCUUCAAACAAAUAAUUAUUAUAGUAAAGUUCCUUAAUGGAAAAUUAUAAAAAGUUCAUCAAUAUAUUUAUGGUUUUUUUAUCGUUUUCAAAAUUAAUUCGAUUAUGUGACAUGCUCUGCUGUUUAUUCCGUUCAUUAAAUAAAGUAGUAUAUAUAAUAUAUUAAUAUGUAUCUUGUUUAGUUUUACGUUUGCUUAUCUUCGCAGAUAGUUUACCAUAACGGCUAGCCACUAGAGUAAGUAAACGUAAGUGGUAAUAUGAGUAAAGACACUAGAGACUAUAUAUACUAAAUAGAACUUGAAUUUCAUGCGGGAUAUCGGUUACGAUGAUGGCAUAAUACUUAUAUAGUUAUAUAUACUAUAUUAUAGGUACCUAAUCUAUACGGAUAUUUAUUAUUCACGUAUUUAUUGAUUUCGCGUAAACAAAAAUUAUUGUUAAAUUAGUAAAUUAGCAUAAAUCUAACGUAACCAUAAAAUGAUUAUGAAACUAUGAGUAAAAUAUACUCAUGUUUUUAAAAUAUAAUUGUAUUGCUUUUUUCUUCAUUAACUGCAAUUAAUUAUUAUGUUGGAGUAAUUGAGUAGUUACAUAUUAUACUAUGUCAAUUACGAUAAUAAGGUCAUGUUAUUGCAUAUAUAUAUACAUAUAAGACUAUGUAAAUAAGGCUUACUACGUUUAAUAAUAUGUAUCAUAGAAAUGAGAAUAAAUAAUUUCUUGUUUUAACUAUGUAUUCAAUUUUUUAAUCUAAACCACACACACACUUUUUGGAUUACUAUCGAAACAAACAUUAGCAUUAUUAUAUGAGUUAUGAUAUUAACUAUAAUUUACAAUGUAAUACAUAAUAUUAAAUGUACAAGUCAAUGUUAUUAAUAAUUAUUUAUAUAUGUUUAAACUCGAUGUAUUCGAUAAAAUAUAAAAAUUAAUAUCCGCGACAUGGACCUCAAUACGGUUUUGAAAAAGCAUCUAUAUUAUUAUAAUAUAAUAUUAUGUUUAUAUACGUAUGUAUAUAAUAUACGAAUAUAGUAUUAUUAUAGCUUUAUUAUAGCCGUCAGACAUGAGACAUCUAUCGACUUCUGUUGAUGUACGUAAUGAUGUCUAAUUAUGCUGUAUCCUAAUCAAAAUUGUUGUAAAUGUAAUAUAAAUAUACAUAUAUUAUAUACUCGUAUAUAUAUUUAUAUAAUGGUAUAUACUCUUUGGUAUUAUUACUUUCGUAUAAAACUAUUGUAUUAUGAAAAAUUCAAAACAUAAUACUCUACGACCUACGUGAUCUGUUAUAUUAGGUAAUAGUUAUUAAUAGUAUCGAUAUAUCACGUCAAAACCGUGAAACCACAAUAGCGAAUGUCAAAAUAGCAAUGGCAAAAUAGUUGUAAGCAUAAAAUAGCCAAAAGACAUAAUAGCGAAUGUUCAAAAUAGCUAAAGUAUAUUAUUUUUAAAUUAUUAUUAUUAUCAUUUAUCUAAAA